UAUCUUGGAAUGUUGCCAGUUUGCUUUGAAUAUAUAAAUAUAUUUGUAUAUGCAGCGACGCGUUUUCUGCUAUUUUAUUGAGUGAAGUGUUUUAUCAUUUUUAUCGCUAUCAACUAAUUAGUGUGUUUUGAUUUGAUUAGAGAACAUAAGACAUAGUUUUAAAGAUAACUCAAGGUAAAAUCUUCAUAGUCUCUCAGAAACUGUAUUAUAUGAACAAAACGAACGGGUUUUAAAGUGAAUUUUUUUUCAAACUCAAAAGUGAUCUGUGUUAGUUGACUCUUUUAUGUUCCAAUGGAAAAACUGUUGAAAAAAGUUAAAGAUUGGCGGAGUGUCUCCAGAAAUGCUGAACCGGAGCUCAGUAGGAGUCAGUAUUCCCUGGUUUCCACGGGCGAGCUGACAGCAGAGGCGCUUCAGGUCUGGCUGAAGUUGCCGAAGAAGAUAAAGUAUGAUCCGGACCUGGAGUCCUUUCAGAAGAGAUACGAGAAAGAAAUCGCCCAAUCAGAUAUACCAUUAGAACAGAAUGGUGCGCGGGAGUCGAAGAGAUUGCCCCUCGUGAAAUCAGCUCCUCAUCUCAACAACAACAAGGAGGAUGGCCAAGUCUUCGAUGGUACUGAUGAGAAGCCCAAUGAUGAGAGUCUCGGCCACAAAUCAUCGAAGAAACAAAGUAAGAUGGCCCAGGCUGGUUAUUACAUCAAAAUGUCCUUCCUUCUGGGCUGUUGGACUUUCUUCACACUCGCCUUCCUAAUGUACAAUGAGAAGGAGCAUACUACGAGGCAAUCGGCGUUGUUUCCCGGGGAGACGAAAACCUACUCCUUGAACGCGUCGAGCAAUGAACUAGCAGUCUACUUAAAACUGAAAGGACCAUUUCUCACAGAGCAAUCUGAAGAUAAAAUGAAUGGAACUGAAUUUAAUAUGUCCAAUAAAUUUGUUGUAUGGUUGGAGCAAAUGAGUACUGGAAUGGUCUCAAAACAAUGGCCAAUCGUGCUCCAAGACAAGGACUUUGACUUUUCAAUCGGCGAAUCAAGAUCGUCCGUACUCAAAAUUUCUACGAAUAUCAGUGCAGAUAUUUCGUUGCGUAUGAAUUCAACGGCCAAUGAGAGCGCGCCAUUUACAAUUACUUACACAAUUGAUCCAAUAGAUGCCGCCGAUGGUGUAAUUUACGCUUGUAUACUACUCUGUGGACUGUAUGUGCUGAUUAUUUUUGAGGUUAUUAACCGAACAAUGGCAGCUGUAAUCAUAGCUACAGCUGCGCUUGGGGUGAUAUCCAUACUUGGCGAAAGACCAACUCUGCCAGAAUUGAUCUCGUGGCUGGAUGUAGAGACCCUGCUGCUUCUCUUCAGCAUGAUGAUUCUGGUUGCGAUAAUGGCGGAAACUGGGAUGUUUGACUUUUUGGCUGUGUAUACAUUUGAGGUAACAAAAGGCAAGCUUUGGCCACUUAUCACAGUGUUAUGUGCCAUCACAGCUCUACUGUCAACAUUUCUAGAUAAUGUCACCACUGUAUUGCUCAUGACACCUGUCACUAUCAGACUAUGUGAGGUGAUGGACAUGGAUCCUGUGCCAAUAUUAAUGUCGAUGGUGCUCUUCAGUAACAUUGGAGGAACAGCCACUCCAGUGGGAGAUCCGCCGAAUGUUAUUAUAGCUUCAAAUCGGGCAGUAGUGCAAGCGGGCAUCAAUUUCACGAACUUCACGAUGCAUAUGACCCUGGGUAUUUUAUUGGUCUGCGUGCAAACGUACUUUCAGCUUCGCUUCAUCUACAGGGACACAAGUAAACUCAGACUAAAUGUCCCAAGGGAAAUACAAGAUUUAAGCCACCAAAUAUCAAUAUGGCGGAGGGCAAUAGAAUCUCUUCCUCACCUCAGCAAAGACACGCACGUGGUUAGAGAAAGACUUGAAAGGAAGAUGCGGAAAUUGAAUGCUCAACUGGAGGUGAUGAUCAAAGAGAGCACUAAGAGAGUCUGUCCCAAGGAUACCUUCCACACAACCCUGACGCAGCUUAAGGAUAAGUACAAAAUUCGUGACAAGCCACUCCUGCUGAAGUCAACGUUUGCUAUCACUUUCGUCGUUGUUGUCUUCUUUCUGCACUCCAUACCAGAACUAAACAGGGUGUCUCUAGGCUGGACGGCACUCCUUGGUGCCAUAUUGCUUCUCACGCUGGCAGAUCGAGAGGAUCUGGAGCCGAUACUGCAUAGAGUUGAAUGGUCCACGCUUCUGUUCUUUGCUGCUCUGUUUGUGCUUAUGGAGGCGUUGUCAAAGCUAGGACUUAUAGAGUUUAUCGGUGGUUUGACGGAAUCUCUUAUUCUCAAAGUUGAUGAGGGAUCACGACUGGCCGUUGCAUUGAUUUUACUCCUAUGGGUGUCAGGGGUGUCAUCAGCGUUUGUGGAUAACAUACCACUAACAACAAUGAUGGUACGAGUUGUGACUGCUUUAGGAUCCAAUCCGACGCUGAAUCUGCCCAUACAGCCUCUCAUCUGGGCGUUGUCGUUUGGCGCCUGUUUGGGAGGAAACGGGACCCUUAUCGGCGCAAGCGCGAAUGUAGUAUGCGCAGGAGUGGCUGAGCAACAUGGAUACAAAAUUUCAUUCGUACAAUUCUUCAAGAUCGGAUUUCCGGUUAUGAUCGGCCAUCUUAUUGUGGCUACAGCGUAUUUGCUUUUGUGUCAUUGUGUUUUUACUUGGCAUUAACUAAGAAAUAUUUAAGGAAAUACACUUUAUUGAUUUAAACCCGUUUUAAUUAUGAUUGUUAAUUGUUGUUAAUUAUGUUUGAAUCUGGUGAAGUGUGUUUUCUUUUGUUUAAUUAUUUUAAAUUAACGUCCAUCUAACGUUUAGCUCAUAUUCUUUGAUAUUAAAAUAUCCUUUUAAUAAAGUAUUUUAGUGAGAAAGGAUAGACUUAAACAUACCUGCGUCAAUACUUACGUUCCGUAAUUCAUAGUUUAUUAGAAGCUUUUAAUAAUUUGUCAAGCAGAGUUCAUAUGCAACCUUUAACAUGACAUAUUUUGGUCGGAAGCUAAAGCCUUAAUAUUUAUCAGCUAUUUUUUUUUUUGCCUUGUGGUCGCAACAUAUAAAGCAGUGAAUAACUGCAGGCCGCGACAUAUUUAGGUUUUUAUUUUCUCACCGAUAAUAAUUUAGCAAAUAAACACGAUUUUUAUACUAUAAAAUUGAUUAAAAACAGUAUUUUACUAUAAAACAAUACAGUUUAAAAUUGUACCUUAAACGACUGUGAUAGUGUGAUAGAUUAGAAUAGUUGGUUAUAAAAAGUAAGAAUGUCAAAAUAAUUCCGGGUUUUGCUUGUGAUUUGUCAAAGAGAUACGCGCUAUAAUUGUUGGCGUCGCGUAGAGAUGUGGGGUCACUCUGCAUCUUCUAACGUAUUCACCAUGGGAGUGUUGAGAGGAGGUAUUCGGAUACAGCAGAAGCAGCGCUUUUCCGUGCACCACGAUGUGGAACUAGCUGCGCACUGAAGUAUUUAUAUAUUCCUUAGGCUUCUGCAAAAAAAGCAUUCUUAAAAGCUGGAACGCACUCGCGAGCCCGCUGACAUUGUGGGCGGAGUUAUCACUUAGCGAGAAUCCAUUUGCCCUCGUUCUUUAAAAAGUAUCAUCAUUUAAUUAUCACUCAAUUUAUUUGAAUUUUCAAUUAUAUGAUUUAGGGCCUGUUUCACAAUGUAUGGAUAAAGUACCAAAUAGCUAUGCAACACAUAAAUUAUUCGAAAGAUAAAUGUUCCAAAUAAGAUACUUCGCGUUUAAUGAUGUAUACCGCUAUCUGACAGUCGAGAAACGCUAAAAUACUGUUUAUCCUACCAAUAAAUAGCUUAUGUCGAACUUAUCCGGACAUUGUGAAACAGGCGCUUAGAGUAUUUAAUUUCACUAAAUUAGUCAAUAAAUCAUCGUUUUAUUCGAAGCCUGUGUAAGACAUAUAAAAACAAACAGCGUUGUAGUAGUUCCGAAAACUAAAUUGGAACUUAGUUAGUUUUAUUAUUAUUAUUAAAGAUGAAGGUCUUAAGCCUCUAUAUAAUUAAAUCUUGUGCUAAUAUUUUGGUUAAUUUAAAUUGUGAUUGAUUUAGUUUAAUUCAUGUUCAGUAUUUAUUUAAAUGCCAUUGUUUUACAUUAUAAGAAUAUAUAAUCGUAUAGUAUAGGAUCUACAUUCCUUUACUAUUAAUAAUCCUUAAUGUCUAUUAAUAAUAUAUCUUGUUAAAUUGUUUGAUUUCUAAGAGCAACUCAGUUUUCGAUUAGUCAAGGGCAAGAUUUAAAAACGAAACUAUAAGUUUGACUUCCGUACGUCAAAUAUGUAUUGAAUUUUGACAUACACAUACUUCCCGCUAAGUCUCGUUUUUUAAUCUUACCCUCAGAGUCGAGACUACACCCUUAGUAAAACUCCUGAAUGUCAAAUUGUUCUGGCAUUGAAGGCAGGCAUAACACAUUAUUUAAGUCUGGACUAUGAAACAUGCCAUGGUUAAGGAUGUCUUUGUAUAAUUAUACGAGUAAAACUUUUGAUUUAAUACGUAAAUAAGUUGAUUAUAGUUUUGUAACACCUUUGGGUCAUCACCCAUAGUGAGAAAUAUAUCGCUUGCCGGGGUGGAACAUAGUUAUUCGAAGGAGUUUUAAAAGGAAAAUCAUUGUUUUUUUCAGGAGAAAUAAAGGGCAAUGCUAUUAUCACGUUACAUAUACAAUAUAUUAAUUUCAAAUGAAAGCAAAUACAGCAAAAAUAUUUUAUAUUCUAUUUGAAGAUUUUUACCUUGCUGUUAAUGUAUUUAAUAGAUAAUUUUUUUAGUAAAAAUAUAUAUGUAUUACAGUAAUAUAUCUAAUUCGACUAAAGCAAAAACAAAAGCGUUUUACGAUUGUUUCACUGUUUAAAUAGAAUCACAGAUUUGGACGAAUGUCUAGAACGUAGGUACUAAUUUAUAAAUAUUAUGACGUUGACUAAAACGAUCUUUAUGAUUGUUGUAUGUUGCGAUCAAAUUUUACGAAAGUAAAUUUAGGUAAAGGAGUAUUACUAACAUUGUUUCACAAAAUAAAUUCCGAGGAAUAAACAUAUUCUCGUGUUUUUCUAUACUAAAAUGUUUUGCAAAAAUUACUGUUAUCACAAAAAAUGUUUGUUACCCAAAAGAGUACCUAACAAACAUUAAAGCAGUCGUAAUAGUGAUUUAUAUAUUUUCACGCGGCAAGCGAUAUAUGAAACGUAAAAUAUAUGAAAUUACAAUAUAUUAAUAAAAUGUUUGCAAGAUGUGCGGCUAUUUAUUUUUAUACGUAAUAAAUGAUGUUAAAUUAUUUCUAGAGAUUGUUCUGUAUGAUGCCUAUAUAUAAUUCUAGUUUAUAAGCUAAAUAAGAAAUCGUUAAUUUGUAGUAAUCAUUUAAGCAAUAAAUAUUUAAUUUAG